CCGUAGCGGGGCUGGGCCGGGGCGGGCUUCGCGUUCCCGCGGUGGCACUGCGGAAGCGCGAGUGAAAUCCGCCGCCAGGGUGGAGUGUGCGCUCUGUGCCUCUUGGUGCCGGCUGCGCUGUAGGCCUCAGCCCCAUGGAUCCCUUUCUGGCUCUGCUGAAUUCUUUGUCCGCCUGUCUGUCUGCCAGCGAGCUGCACGAUCUGAAGUUUCUGUGCCAGGACAAAAUUGGGAAAAGGAAGCUGGAGUCUGUCCAGAGUGGCAGGGAGCUCUUCAACUUCCUCAUGGAGCAGCAGCUGAUUUCAAGUCACAACGUAGACUUGCUUAAAACCAUGUUUAAGAGCAUUAAAAGAGAAGAUUUGGUCUUACGGCUGGAGCAUUUCAUAGAGGAGGGAGAAGCCAGCGCUCCUGAUGAGCGGCCUGACAUGAAGGAAAGACGUUUGCAGAAGGUAGUUAUCGAAGUUAUAUGCGAAAACGUUGGGAGAGACUGGAGAAGGCUGAUGCGAAAACUUGACCUUUCUGAAGUGAGGAUAGAGAGAAUAGAAGAAGACAAUCCACGGAAUUUGCGGGAGCAAUUGGUUCAGUCACUUCGAGAAUGGCAGAAAUUGAAGGGGAAAGAUGCAAAGGUGACUGACCUAAUAAAGGCUCUUCGAGACUGUAAUAUGAAUUUAGUGGCAGACAUAGCUGAAGAGAAGCUCUCGCGUCUGAACACAGAAAACAUGUGAAAUGAAGGGAAAAGCACUUUCACAUCACAGAUGCAAGUGAAGAAAGAAGCAAAAGUGCCUUUUGAUCAUCUGUCAUUGGCUCUGUUAAUUCUGCCAUUAAUUUAUGUGCCUUAAAAUUAAUAGGUUAAUUUCAGAUCAGGUUAUAACUAAUGUGAAAACAAAUCCUUCCUUCCAGGCAGUGCUUUGCAGAUGGUGCUUCCUUUAAGAGAUUUUAACUUUUGGAAUACAAAUUUUUUGCAGAAAAUUCUGAGACUUUAGUUUUGCCCCCCAUCUGAAAAUAAUAUAUGCUUUAUUGCAGAUUCCUUACAAGUGCCUUGUCUGUAAUUACAUCCAUGGGACACUUCUGAGGGAACUGACAAUUUCAUUUUAUAUAUAUAUAUAUAUAUAUAUGUAUAUAUCAUAUACACAUGUAUAUGUGUGUGUAUAUAUAUACAUGAAUAUUCCAACCUCCUAAUAAAAAGUAUAUAUAUAUAUAUACUUUUUAAGUGAUCUGUUUGUAACUAGUGUGAAAAGGGGGAAGGAGGCUGAGCUCUUAGCUAUGUAGUGAGUCUUCUCUUUGUUUUGAGUAGCAUAAGGUAAUAUCUUCCAUAGUUUUUGAACACCUUUGGUAUCAGUAAAAUAAUUCAAAGAAGACUGUAAGCUCGGUCUGUAAGACAUCAGUGCAUUAGGACUUAUAACUACUGUAGUGGGUUUUUUGGCAAAAAAUGUGCCUGGAUUGAAAAACAAUCUCGUUGAAAUUAAUUAUCAAGUGCCUUUAUACACAGAAUGGUUUAGGUUGGGAGGGUGCCUCUGGAGGUUGUGUGGUCCAACUGCCUGCUGAAGCACAAGUACAUAGGGCAGGCUGCCCAAUACCAUGCCCAGGCAACAUUCCAGAGGAAAGAUAGCACAACUUCUCUGGGCAUCCUGUGCCAAUGCUCUGUCACCUGCACAGUACAAAAGUGAUUAUGGAUGUUUACAGCAGACUUUUUUUUUUUCAUUGCCUUGAAUGCUUUAAGAUUUUCUAAAGCUAGUCAUCUCAUAAUCCAUAUCGGGGAAUCGUGGUCGUGUCUGCUGGAUGCUGCAGCUCACCUCAUCAGUCAGCCACAGUUACCUGUGGUCUUGGUUUUAAAAAAAAUAAUAAUUAAAAAAAAAUGCUGUAACAGGAACUUAGAAAACAAAAAUGACUUCUUUUUAGUCAAGGAGCGUGAAAGCUUAGGGGAAGAGUACUAACUUUCUCUUCAGUGAUAUCCUGUGAAGAUCAGAUACCUUUUGUCAUUCUUGGUUCGAGUACUACUGGAACUGGUAGUACUUCCAAGUUCUCUGCAAUUCUUUACUUUGUUCCCAUUCCUUUACGCUUCUAGAAAGUGGCUGUAAGCAACUCACAGUUGAAGGAGCAUUUGUAAAAUGAGACCAGACCUAAAAAAGUACAGAUUUUAUGCCUCGUGUAACACUGGAAAAAGCUGCACAUGCUUCAAGACUCAUAGGGCAAUGGAAACCUUGGAGUUAUUUGUUAUGCCAGAGGGGAAAAUAUUCUGAUAUUAUUAUUGUUUAGAUGAGUUGGAUUGUUACUGCAAACAUUCAUACAUACAUAGAUGAUUCCUAAACAGGAAGGCUUUUUUUUUUUUUUUUUUUUUUUUUUUGCUACUGUACCCAUGUGACUUGGCUUUCUCCAAGUUCUUGUUGCAUGGUGCUAUUACUGUGAAGACCAAGUAUCAUCAUGUAGUAUUACAUCACUACUCUGUAUAAAUGUUGUUAACAGUCAUAAUUUUCAAGUUUUUGUUGAAGUUGGUGCUUCUAGUUUAGAAGAUUACCCUUGAAUACUUGAUUGUACUUGAUGGAAACUGCUGUAAUGUGAACUUCUUAUUUGGGCUUUCCUUUUAAAAUAUGCUUGCGGGAAUUAUUUAAAUCAUAUUAGUGAUUAUAUGAGAGCAAAAAACAAUGGGUAAUAUGAAAGUUCCUCUGGUUUUUGGCAGGUGCAGUUCUUCAAGUGCUUGCUCCAAUGCUCUGUCAGCAUCAAUUCUCAGUUCCAAAGUUCUGGUGGGGGAGGAAAUGCUGCACUUCAGCUCAGAAGUUUUAGAGAUGUUUUUAAUAGUGUUGAUCUGCAUUCUGCAGUAUUUGAAGAUUUAAUCUUUUUUUACUUCAUGUAAUGUAGUAAUGAUCUUUGUGAGCAGAGUGGAAGAGAAGUGAAGUUAGCAAAAUGAGUUAUGUUUGUGGUGAAGCAGUUUGCAGCAGUUCCAAGUUUAGUCUGUCCACUAACAUGUUUUCCUUAUCUACUUGUCAUAAAUCUUCUGGUUUACCAAAGAUUCAUUUAUCUGGAAUAUUAAAAAGAAGUAUAUUGCCUACUGUAUAUAAUCAGGGUAUUUUUAGAAUCAUUAGGAAUAGCAGUUGUAGCCAAAUGUUCAUCUGCAAGAAACCUCCUGCCUUAGAAAAUGUAAAACUUUAGGAUUUGUGCGUAGUUUUAUACCAUGUAACCUUGUGCAUAUUUCAUUAAAUGUAUUUCUUUAAAAGCAAA